AUGAAUGAUAUCUUACUGAAAGCUGUCAACGAGAUCACAUCGGAAUUCAAGAUUGACAAUGGCUUCCUUUGCAAAGCUACUAGCCACUUUCUCAGCUCCAUGGAUGCUGGGCUUUCUUUCGAAACGCCUGCUCGGGAGUACAUGCCAAUGAUACCAACAUACGUCACCUCAAUUCCCAACGGAAAAGAAAGAGGGCUCUUUUUGGCCGCAGACUUGGGAGGUACUAAUUUUAGGGUAUGCUCAAUUGAAUUGAAGGGCGAUCAUACGUUCGAUCUCAAGCAAGCCAAAUCACCGAUUCCCCUUGAUUUAAUGCUGGACUUUUUGGAGGAACAUCAUGGUGAGCAGAAGGAAACUGGAAACAUCAAGCUCGGAUUUACAUUCCUGUUUCCGGUUGAACAAACGGCGCUCGAUCGAGGCAAGUUAAUCCGCUGGACGAAAGGUUUCGACUUGCCGGAUUGCGUUGGAAGAGAUGUAGUGGAGUUUUUGCAAAAGCACCUAGACAUCUUGAAGACCCCAGUGACAGUGGUGGCCUUGGCCAACGACACAGUGGGUACAUUGUUAUCAAGAGCGUACUCGAACAAUUCUGCCGAGUCUAAGGCAAAUACUGUCAUUGGCUGCAUCUUCGGUACUGGUACUAAUGGCGCAUAUUACGAGAAAGUCUCUAAUAUUCCAAAGUUAGCUUCUUCUGCUUUACCAAAAGGUACACAGGGUAUGGUGGUGAAUACAGAAUGGGGCUCUUUUGACAAUCUGUUAGACAUAUUACCCAAGACAAAGUUUGACGACCUUGUCGAUGCAGAAACAUCGAAUAAAGGCUACCAUUUGUUCGAAAAAAGGAUUAGCGGAAUGUUUUUAGGGGAACUUUUAAGAGUCACACUCAUGGAUCUUUUCUCGCAAGGCUUGGUCUUUCAGGAUCUUUACAAGGAUAGAGGAGGAUCAUUACCUCACCGCCUCACAGAGCCCUUCCUUUUAUCUUCGGAAGUUUUGUCUUAUUUGGAAAUAGAUGAUUCUACUGAACUCAGGAUGUCCGCUCUUAUUCUUGAGAACCAUCUCAGGCUCCCUACUACUUACGAGGAGCGUAUUGCCAUUCAGAAGCUCACGCAGGCAAUCUCGAACAGGGCUGCAAGUCUCUCCGCUAUCCCCUUGGCAGCCAUCGUAAUGAGAGUGAAAGAUCAAUAUGCUGAUGACGACAAAGACUUUGAGGUCGGAUGCGAUGGUUCGGUAGUUGAGUUUUACCCUGGCUUCCAAGAUAAGAUUCUCAGUGCCUUAAACCUCAUUAACCCUUUAAAGGGAACGAACAAGAAGAUUCAUUUAAGGAUUGCCAAGGACGGAAGUGGUGUUGGGGCCGCCCUUUGCGCAUCAACAGUACAAUAA